AUGGGAAGCGGCGGAAAGAGGGUCGGGAGCCCUGCUGCACGCUGUGAAGGCACGGUCGGCAGUGGGAGUAGGAGCAGCAGGGAGCUGUUUGCUAACUUAGGUUAUGAGGUGGACAGCAUUCAUGAAUCUUGUGAUCCAGUGGAAGCUGUAAGGAAAUCUGAAGCAAUAUUUAUUGGAGGUGGGAACACAUUCCGUCUCCUGAAAGCUCUCUACGACAACUGUCUGAUACAGGAGAUCAGGAAAAGAGUUCUUGAGGAUGGGAUUCCUUACAUGGGGUCCAGUGCAGGAACUAAUGUUGCUACCAUCAGCAUCAAUACUACCAAUGACAUGCCAAUUGUUUAUCCACCUUCACUGCAAGCCUUAGGUUUAGUUCCUUUUAAUAUUAACCCCCACUACCUGGACCCAGAUGUUAAAAGCACUCACAUGGGUGAGACAAGAGAGGAAAGAAUUAAUCAAUACCACGAAGAACCAAACACUCCUCCAGUUCUGGGCUUGCGGGAAGGUACGAUGCUGCUAGUGGAAGGAGACAAAGCCACCUUGCAAGGAGUGACAGGAGCACGUCUGUUUUUGAGGGGUAAGAAACCAACUGAACACGAGCCUGGAACAGAUUUCAGUUUCCUCCUGAUGGAGAGUAACCUCCAGAAUCUGUAGCCUUGCAUA